CUGCAGAAGCUCGCGGAGUGCGUACACUGCCGCACUGCAUACAUACAGACAGACACUCGCUGGUGCCGAUCCUUGCGAAUCCUGAGAGCGCGCGCCAAAGGUAUGACCGUCGCGACGUGCGUGUGCCUCGCGGCAUCCGCGUUGAUCCUCCUGGUGGUCGCAACCGUCCCCGUCGUCAAAGGGGACGGCGAACCCUGCCAGCCGGACAAGCUGACCGUUUACAAAGUGGUGCUUCACACGUUCUGGUCCAGAGAUAAGUUCCCAAAACAUUACCCAGAUUGGCGUCCACCUGCUCAAUGGUCCAAAGUUUUCGGUCGAAGCCACGACAAAUCGUUUACUUUGUUCCGUUUGGGGCAGCAGUCUUCAAACGGCGUUAAGGCCUUUGCGGAAACUGGUCGGUCAGAUUUGCUCGAGGAGCAGAGCCAGGGAGAAGGCGGAAUUUACGAUGAGUUCAAUGCGCCUCCAAUUACAGCAGGUGUCGGCCGCACCGAAGCCGAAUUCUUCGUAGAUGGCAACCAUUCCAGGGUGUCUCUGAUAUCAAGGAUAGUACCAUCACCAGAUUGGUUUAUCGGCAUCGAUAGUUUCGACCUAUGCGUGAACGGCAAUUGGCUGGAUAGCAUCACCAUCGAGGUGGAUCCGAUCGACGCAGGCACCGAUAACGGCUUCACGUUCACCGCCCCCAACUGGCCGACGGAUCCCCAGGGGGUGGCGUAUCGAAUCACAUCCCGUUACCCGGCCCACCCCGCCGGCUCCUUUUUCUACCCAAACAUGAAACGCUUACCAGCCAUCGGCACUUUCCAAUUUAUCAAGGUAAAGGAAUACGAACUGAGCGAGGUUUUCCACCACACCGAAGACGACCAGCAUUACGAGGUUCUCAAAAUGGAACACAUGACCCAGAACAGUAUAAGCGCUUUCAACGGGAACGGGGACAUCGAGGCUGCCAUCGAAGAAGAGCGCAAGGAGCAGGAAAUCCACCAGAGGCAGAGGAUCCGACCGAAAUUCCAAUCGUUCUACGCUUCCUCACAGGCGACGACGGUGCCAUCCGCAACGACAACGGAGAAUCGACUUUUGAACACGAUUAAUCAAAGGGAUGAAGCUCUCGGCAUUACUGCAGCUGGAGUACCAGCCGUGGUACCGCGCGGCGACAAGGACGCCAUCAUGAAUAGCAUCGUGGAUUCCUAUAGGAAUCAUUCCAAGGAUCAGCACCGCAAGAAGUAUCGUAAACCCAAGAAGAAUAAACGCCCUCCUCGGGAUUGCCGUGUCAGCGAAUGGUCCAACUGGAGCCCAUGCAGCAAGUCCUGCGGCAUCGGAGAAAUGCAGCGUCGCAGGGAUGUCCUGAAAUACGCAAGGCGCGGUGGACGCUUAUGUCCCCCAUUGCUAGAAACCAAAUGGUGCGGUUCGGCCAGAGCAUGCAAUAAGGGCUAUUUCAACUGGUAAAACAAAGAGAAAAUAAUCCGCGAAAAAACAACCUGCAACAACAACUUUAUACAUAUACAUAAAAAAAAGAACUUUCAACUUAAACACACACACUGUAUAUAAUGAAUAUAUUAAUAAGGAUAUACGAGGAUGGUGGAGGUGGUGGCGGGCUAUGCUAAAACGUUGGGACGUCGUAAAGUAAGCAAAAACCAAACAACCACCCCCCAUCCCUCAACCCCUAAAACCUGCAAAGUGCAUUUCGCCAUAACGCAAACACCAAACGGCGCAAAUGAUUCAAAGCCCUCACUACUUUCUUACCAUCACGGAAUUCUUCAGGUUUAAUCCGCGUCACGCUCAGGUCGUAAAACCUAAGGGAAAAAAAUUGCAUAUAUACAUACAUAUAAAUAUAUGUAUUCCAAUUACUUUCAACUUAAAGACAAUCCUAAGAACAUUCUUAAUGGCCCACUCCAUAUCACAACAACGUCGAGGAGAAACGAAUCCUUUAUUUUUCUGUGUUCUUGCGCAAUCUGCAGUGUGUGUAUCUUUUCCAUCAUCGUUAUUUUAGAACGAACUAAAUUUAGUUUAACCCAAUCAGAUCCGAUGAACCGAGCAACACUAGUUAACGUUCAUAGGCGGAAUGGCAUCAGGAUAUAUAAACAAAAAUUGAUAAAAUAUACUUAACCUAACCUUCGUCCAAAUUGGAAGUCAAGCGAGAUUUUUUGAAUGAAAACCAAAAAAAAAGUAAAAAUAUUUAUAAAACACGAAAAGUUUAAAAUAAAUA